CCGCGCAACGACCUGUUGUGAUCCCGUCAUGGCGCGCUACGCCCGUGUCGCUCCUCUGGUCGCGUGUCUCUUGUUCGCCUGCGGAGUUGCUAAUGGGCAACGCUAUCGGCGGCAAGCGGAUGACUCUAAGAAAGACGACAGCCUGGAACAAGAGCUAUGCAAGGACAAGGACGCUGGCGAAUGGUUCCGGCUGGUAGCCGGCGAGGGCGACAACUGUCGCGACGUCAUUCAGUGUACCGCCUCGGGUAUUCAAGCUAUCAGAUGCCCGGCCGGUCUAUUUUUUGAUAUUGAAAAACAAACAUGCGACUGGAAAGAUGCUGUAAAGAACUGUAAGCUAAAGAACAAAGAACGUAAGAUAAAGCCUCUUCUUUACACCGAAGAGCCUCUCUGCCAGGAUGGCUUCUUGGCUUGUGGAGAUGCCACCUGCAUUGAACGAGGACUAUUCUGUAACGGUGAAAAAGACUGUCCCGAUGGGUCCGACGAGAACUCGUGUGAUAUUGACAACGACCCGAACAGGGCUCCACCAUGUGACACUUCCCAGUGUGUAUUACCCGAUUGCUUCUGCUCUGAAGAUGGAACAGUCAUCCCUGGUGAUUUACCUGCAAGAGACGUUCCUCAAAUGAUCACUAUAACUUUUGAUGACGCUAUCAACAAUAACAACAUCGAAUUAUACAAAGAAAUAUUCAAUGGAAAACGUAAAAACCCAAACGGUUGUGACAUCAAGGCCACAUUCUUUAUUUCACACAAAUACACGAACUACUCAGCCGUGCAAGAAACUCACAGAAAGGGACAUGAAAUUGCCGUACAUUCGAUCACGCAUAAUGAUGAUGAACGAUUUUGGAGCAAUGCUACUGUUGAUGACUGGGGCAAGGAAAUGGCUGGAAUGAGAGUCAUUACAGAAAAAUUCGCAAAUGUCACUGAUAACAGCAUUGUAGGCGUUCGCGCACCUUAUCUACGCGUCGGUGGCAAUAAUCAAUUCACAAUGAUGGAAGAACAAGCUUUCCUGUAUGACAGUACUAUCACCGCACCUCUAUCAAACCCCCCUCUAUGGCCUUACACUAUGUAUUUCCGUAUGCCUCACCGUUGCCACGGUAAUUUGCAAAGCUGUCCAACAAGAAGUCACGCAGUUUGGGAAAUGGUAAUGAACGAACUUGAUCGUCGUGAAGACCCCACUAAUGACGAAUACUUACCAGGAUGUGCUAUGGUUGACUCUUGUUCAAAUAUUCUUACCGGUGACCAGUUUUACAAUUUCUUAAACCAUAACUUUGAUCGUCAUUAUGAUCAAAACAGAGCCCCACUUGGUCUGUACUUCCACGCCGCCUGGUUGAAAAAUAAUCCUGAGUUCUUAGAAGCAUUCUUAUACUGGAUUGAUGAAAUUCUUCAAACUCACAAUGAUGUAUAUUUUGUUACAAUGACUCAAGUAAUCCAAUGGAUUCAAAAUCCUCGUACCGUCACAGAGGCCAAGAACUUUGAGCCAUGGAGAGAAAAGUGUGCCGUAGAAGGCAUUCCUGCCUGUUGGGUACCUCAUUCAUGUAAACUUAUAUCCAAGGAAGUUCCCGGAGAAACCAUCAAUUUACAGACCUGCGUCAGGUGCCCAGUCAAUUACCCCUGGCUCAAUGACCCAACAGGCGACGGUCAUUAUUAAAUGAGAUCUCGCGCCUCGCGUGGUGCAAAUUAGUUAUAAAAUAAAUUGCAAUUAUUAAUUGCAAGGACAUUAUAUUCGGGUUUAAAUAAAAUAAAUGACAACUUAACAGUGUUGACUUAUUCGAUGAAUAUGUGUCCGUGUAAUAAAAUGUACUGGGUCAUAAUCCCGUCAGUAGUCUAAGUACCUACCUAACUGUAUGUAAUAUAGAUUCACAUGAUAUUUAAUAGGUCUGUUUUAAUACUUUAUGUGAUUUUUCUACUGUAAGUCUGUUGGAUAAAAUUAUAAAUACAAAAUAUAAAAAAUUCA